CAGUCCCCAUACCCCUUCAUUUCCAAGAAUGCUAAUGACUCGAACUCGGCAGGCUGGGUUUCUGCGCGGGCGUGGAGCUGGAGCGCAUGCGCCCGUCCGUUACCAUAACGACCAGAAGACGCUGCACCCACUUGGGAGGAGAGCAAAGUAAUCAGAACCUCCCAAGGAUGGAUAACAAAAUUUCGCCGGAGGCCCAAGUGGCGGAGCUGGAACUUGACGCCGUGAUCGGCUUCAAUGGACAUGUGCCCACUGGUCUCAAAUGCCAUCCUGACCAGGAGCAUAUGAUUUAUCCUCUUGGUUGCACAGUCCUCAUUCAGGCAAUAAAUACUAAAGAGCAGAACUUCCUACAGGGUCACGGCAACAACGUCUCCUGCUUGGCCAUCUCCAGGUCUGGAGAGUACAUCGCCUCCGGACAAGUCACAUUCAUGGGGUUCAAGGCAGACAUCAUUUUGUGGGAUUAUAAGAAAAGAGAGCUGCUUGCUCGGCUGUCCCUUCACAAAGGCAAAAUUGAAGCUCUGGCCUUUUCUCCAAAUGAUUUGUACUUGGUAUCACUAGGAGGCCCAGAUGACGGAAGUGUGGUGGUGUGGAGCAUAGCCAAGAGAGAUGCCAUCUGUGGCAGCCCUGCAGCCGGCCUCAAUGUUGGCAAUGCCACCAAUGUGAUCUUCUCCAGGUGCCGGGAUGAGAUGUUUAUGACUGCUGGAAAUGGGACAAUUCGAGUAUGGGAACUGGAUCUUCCAAAUAGAAAAAUCUGGCCAACUGAGUGCCAAACAGGACAGUUGAAAAGAAUAGUCAUGAGUAUUGGAGUGGACGAUGAUGAUAGCUUUUUCUACCUUGGCACCACGACUGGAGAUAUUCUAAAAAUGAACCCCAGGACUAAACUGCUGACAGAUGCUGGGCCUGCGAAGGACAAAUUCAGUUUGGGAGUGUCAGCUAUCAGGUGCCUGAAGAUGGGGGGUUUGUUGGUGGGCUCUGGAGCCGGACUGCUGGUCUUCUGUAAAAGCCCUGGCUACAAACCCAUCAAGAAGAUUCAGUUACAAGGCCGCAUCACUUCUAUCACACUUCGAGGAGAAGGACACCAGUUUCUCGUAGGAACGGAAGAAUCGCACAUUUAUCGUGUCAGCUUCACGGAUUUCAAAGAGACGCUCAUAGCGACUUGUCACUUUGAUGCUGUCGAGGAUAUUGUCUUUCCAUUUGGCACUGCUGAGCUAUUUGCAACCUGUGCCAAGAAGGACAUCAGGGUGUGGCACACAUCAUCCAACAGGGAGCUGCUGCGGAUCACCGUGCCCAACAUGACCUGCCACGGCAUCGACUUCAUGAGGGACGGCAAGAGCAUCAUUUCAGCAUGGAACGACGGUAAAAUCCGAGCCUUCGCCCCAGAGACAGGCCGACUGAUGUAUGUCAUUAACAAUGCUCACAGGAUCGGCGUCACUGCCAUCGCCACCACCAGUGACUGUAAAAGGGUCGUCAGUGGCGGUGGGGAAGGGGAGGUGAGGGUAUGGCAGAUAGGCUGUCAGACCCAGAAGCUGGAGGAGGCCCUGAAGGAACACAAGUCAUCAGUGUCCUGCAUUAGGGUGAAGAGGAACAACGAGGAGUGUGUCACCGCCAGCACCGAUGGGACUUGUAUCAUUUGGGACCUUGUGCGUCUCAGGAGGAAUCAGAUGAUACUAGCCAACACCUUAUUUCAGUGUGUGUGCUAUCACCCUGAGGAGUUCCAGAUCAUCACCAGCGGAACAGACAGAAAGAUUGCUUACUGGGAAGUAUUUGAUGGGACAGUAAUCAGAGAAUUGGAAGGUUCCCUGUCUGGGUCGAUAAAUGGCAUGGAUAUCACACAGGAAGGGGUGCACUUUGUCACAGGUGGAAAUGACCAUCUGGUCAAAGUUUGGGAUUAUAAUGAGUGUGAAGUGACUCACGUUGGGGUGGGACACAGUGGCAACAUCACACGCAUCCGCAUAAGUCCAGGAAAUCAAUAUAUUGUUAGUGUAAGUGCCGAUGGAGCCAUUUUGCGAUGGAAGUACCCAUAUACCUCCUGAAGCUGAGAUGUCUCUGAGCCUUGGUGUUGCACACAGUCCUGUUGAAGACUGAGUUGAGAUAACUCCAACACUAGUCUUCAUUUCUCACAGCUCUGUUUUUGUUCGAGUCAAUUUUUUUCUUUUUCUUUAUAGAAUGCAUUUUAUAUUCUUAAAUUGCAUAUUAAAAUUGAAGUAUGUUCAAGAAUAAUUUGUGCAGACUCUAAUUAGAACUUUUUACAUUUUGAAUAAAUUCUUAGUUGUAGGU